UGUGCGUGUGUGUUUUAGAAAGUUGGUAUAAAAUUCCUUGCUAUGGUACACCAUAGCAAGCGAUGGUUUUCACAUUUUAGCAAAAUGAAGGUGAUUGCUGCAGCCCUUCUUUUGAUCAUAUUGCAGCAUUCGUGGGCUCUGACUCCCACUGAUUGCAAUGCUAUAGAGCCCGUGGCUGGGAAAGUUCUUGACCUGAUCAAUAAAGUGCGCCGGGAUGGCUACAUUUUCCAGUUGCUGCGGGUCGCUGAUGCCCACUUGGACAAAGAGGAAUCCCCAGCUGUCUAUUAUUUAGUCUUAGAUGUGCAAGAAUCUGACUGUUCGGUCCUAUCCAGGAAACACUGGGAUGAGUGUAAGCCAGCUGUUUCUAGACAUCCAUCUGAAAUAGUGAUCGGGCAAUGUAAGGUGAUAGCUAUGAAAUGUUCAAGUGAAUCUCAGGACCUUAGAGUGAAUGACUUUAACUGCACCACGAGUUCUGUCUCUUCUGCACUGGCCAAUACCAAAGACAGUCCUGUGCUCAUGGAUUUCUUUGAGGAUACUGGGCCCUACCGAAAACAAGCUGAAAAAGCCCUUGAGAAAUACAUAAAAGAGAACGAAGAUUUCGCUUCUUUUAGGGUGGACCGAGUGGAGAGAGUUGUAAGGGUGAGAGGAGAAGAAAGAACCAAUUACUAUCUGGACUUUUCCAUGAGGAACUGCUCCAGACACCGAUUUCCCAGGCCCUUUAAUCUCUUUGGAUUCUGCAGAGCAUUGUUAUCAUAUGAUGUCGGAGCCUCUGACUUGGAAACCCCAAAAGACCUUGACGUAAACUGUGAAGUCUUCAACCUGGAGGAACAUAGAAACUUCAGUGGUCGACAACCCCAUUCCGGUGGGCAUGAGCAUUCUCCUGCUGGCAAUCCCCCACUUAAGCCCAAUGGGCUCAGAGAGCAGCAUCGUCCCCACAAGCCACAUGGAUUUGGAUGCCCACCUCCCCUAGAAGAUAAAGAUCAUCCAGGUAGACCACCAUUUCAAGCAGGAGAUCCUCCACCAUUGCCCCCUCCAGGGUCAAGAUGUCAUCAAGCCCAUUUUUGCAAGAACAGAACCCAUGAUUCCAGUGAGCACCAUCCCCAGGGACAUCAUCCCCAGGGACACCAUCCCCAUAGACACCGUCCCCAUGGACACCGUCCCCAUGGACACCACCCCCAUGGACACCAUCCCCCUCACCAUGAUUUCCAUGACGAUGGACCCUGUGACCCACCAGAACACGGCAAAUAUCCCCAUGAUCAACAUCGCCAUGGCCAUGGCCCACCACCACGGCAUUCAGAAGAAAGAGGUCCAGAUAAAAAACACUUUCCCUUCCCCUGGAGACACAUUGGUUAUGUUUACCGACUCCCCCCACUGAAGAAAGAUGAAGUUCUUCCUCCUCCAGAAGCCAAUUUUCCCAGCUUCCCAUCACCAAAUCAGAAUAAGCCAGAGAUUCAGCCCUUCCCUCAAUCAGCCUCUGAAUCAUGUCCAGGGAAGUUCCAGAUUGAGUUUCCACAAGUCUUGAAGUUUUUUGCAUCAAUAAUUCCAAAAUAAAAUCUGAUUUCCUGGAUGGGGAAAAAUGAGUAAUGUUCAAAUUAGAAUUAUUAAAUAAAAUGUGAUCAGUAAUAAA